AUGGCCAGCGCCAAGGUCAAGGAGCAUGGACCUAAGCUUGAACCUGAUGGAGUUAAGGACUUAAAGCUUGAACCAGUGGAGCAGCUUGAACGUGAGGGAAGUAAGCUUGUAGCUGAGAAUGAGCUUGAACCGGAGCUUGUAGCUGAGGAAGCUUUAGCUGCACCAAUGGAAUUGGUUACUCAUUCCAGAGUUAAUCUUGAGCUAAAAUGGAGACAACCUGAUCCCUGAGCCACUUUGAAGCUAGGCACCAUGGUGUCCGAGAAGGAUGAUGAAGAGGAAUCAAGCAAGAGCCUCAACGAAACCAUGCUGGAACAAAUCAAGAAGAUGAUGAUUGAGGAGUUUGAUCGGAGGGAACAUGUUAAAGAAGGAAAGCAGAAGCAACCUAAGGAUCCGGUCACAUCUAAGAAGAAACCAGUUGGGGAUCUUAGUGGUUACAGGAUGAUGAUUCCGCCAUUCCUUGGGAACAAUGAUCCGGAUGUAUAUCUGGAUUGGGAGAAGAAGUGCGAGAUUACCUUCAACCGACAUAACAUAGCUGACAUCAACCGAGUAAAACUAGCAGCUAUGGAGCUCAAGUAUUAUGCUCUAAGUUGGUGGAAACAGGUUGAGACUUUUAAGAAAAUCGCUAGAAGGAGACAGAGCGCCCUAGUACCGCCUAACGAGUUUUAG